AUGGAUUUUAUAGAUUUCGAAACGUACCAUGAGAAUGACCUGUUACCCCAACCACAACCAGCUUUAUCAUUGCCAAUCUCUUCCAAUAUAGAGAGUUUGGGUAAAAGGUUUUCUAGCUUCAAUAACUUGACGAGAAAUCUACUCAAAAGAGAAGAAGAAGGGGAUCAAGAAUCAAAUCCAAAUAAUCAAAAUUCGGAAGAGUCUAAGCUAGCUCAGAAGUAUGCUGAUUUGUCAUUAAACUUACUCAAGGGAAGUCAGGGUUUAGUAAGCGACGAAAAGAGUGAUGGUGAUACAUUGCAAGAACUGGAUAUAUCAUCAACGAAGACAUUAUCCAGUAGAUUAUCUAGAGUUCUAAACACUCCACUUUCAGAUUCUAUGAUUAGAGAGAUAUUCACGACUUUGGAACCCAAAAUCAAUGAUAUAGAUAACCUUGUUGAACCAGGUGUCAUAGGUUCAGUUUUGAGAAAGCAAUUCAGGGGAAGUAUAGAGAGUGAUUUAAUUAAAAGUCAAAGUCUAGUUUUGAAAGAGUACCAACCAGUUAUCAAGCAAUUAAAGGUCUUAGAAGAUAGGCUUAAUGACUUAAAUAGUAUAUCUACUGAAGCUACAUCAAGGAUUGAGUCUGAUUUUGAAGCAACCACUGGGUUCAACAAAGAAGUCAAACAAUUGAAUAAAGACAAAUUAGUGAUCGAUUUAAAGAAAAAUUUGUUAAUAAGUUUUAAAAAUAAAUUUACUUUGAACGAAUACGAAGAAUAUGUUCUCAAUGAUGGUGAAAUAAAUGAAGAGUUUUUCGUAGUACUUGCCAAAGCCGAAAGUAUUAGUGAUAAAUGCUCAAUAUUGUUAUCAAUAGACAAUUCUCAACUAGGCUUGAAAAUUAUGAAUAAAAUAAACCAGUUAGUGAAUAAAUCCAUUAAUAGAAUUAUAAACAUUACAAAUAAGACAUUGUCCAAUUUAUAUUCACUCAAUACAAAAUCGAAAUUAGAAACUUUGCAAAAAUGUUUGAGAUAUUUGAAAAAUAAGUUGAAUUAUUUUAAUUCUAUAAUUAACACAUUUACAGAAUCAAGGUCUAAAGUAAUUGUGGAUGAGUUUUUCUCUCAAGUAAACGGGAAUUUAGAUAAGAUCAACUCAUACGAUAGAAGAGAUUCAAGCUCUAGAGCCUCCAUUUCAAGUGAUUCUUCAGGUAGACCGAUAUAUUUAUCAGCUCAUGACCCUAUUAGGUUCAUAGGUGAUUUGCUUGCAUACGUACAUUCUGUGAUUGUCAAUGAAAGAGAAUUGAUAUCAAAUAUAUUCAUUCUAGAGUAUUCGGAUGAAUCAGAAAGAGAAGAAUUUCAAAAAGUUAGUAAUGAUGUUGCUUCUAAAACUCUAAAAGCAUUAUCAAGACCUUUGAAGUCAAGAAUUGAUCAAAUAAUAUCGUCUGAAACCAAAUUAGCAACUCUUUUUCAAAUUUUUAACUUGUUAGACCUCUACCAGCUUAUGUUUACCAAGCAAUUGAAAGAUUCUGAUAGUAACUUAGUCCGCACUAUCAGCGAUUUGAUCAAAUUAUCACAAGAAAAGAUAAUGAAUAUAUUGAAGAAUAGAUUAGCAACAAUUAGGUCUUCGAAUCUGGCUCAAUUAGAUUUGAAUAUAGAUUUACAACCCCCUGAAUGGAUAAUCGAAUUCUAUUUUGAUUUAUUGCCAGUUAUAGACCAAAUUACAACACCCACAAUCUUGAAUUUAUCAAAGGAGGAUAAUGACAAAUUUUUGAAACUCAUAGUUGAUGAGCCCAUAUCUAUUUUCAACGAACAUGUUCAGAACAAUGUCGCCAAGUCGUUCAAUAAGAGGGACCAACUUAUAUUGAAACAAAACUUUCUUGAUGUUGUAUUAUUUAAAAUAAUGCCGUUAUCCUUAUUGAGUGAUAAGACCUUGGAAAUAAAUGACGCCAUAAGUUCCCUCACUCAGGAAUUAACUAAUUACCAAUUGAUAACCUUAUUGGACGAGGCAAAACUUACUGAUUACUACAAUGUAAUUAAUAUGAUUUGUCCUUUUGAAGAUGAAUUUUUUGAUUUAGCCAUAUAUGAACCGAUUACUGAAAAUAAACUAUUCAACAAAGAAUAUUUAAGGGAAGUUAAUAUCACAAUCCAAGAGUUUUUACCAACUGCUUUACUUGAUAUACAAAAGUCCUUACUCAAGGUUAAUAGUCCCUUGACAGUAAAUGAUAUAACCACAAACAGUUCAAUAGAAUUUACCAAGUUUUACUUAAAAUUUGAUCUUAUUUGCAAGGAAUAUUUGAAAGAGCAAUUAUUCACUUGGAGCGAUAUUGAAGUCGCCACGUUAUUGGGUGUUGAGAAUACUUACCUUGACUUGAAGAAACUGAUUCUACUUGAAUAA